AUUCUUGUGUGGGAAGAAACAACAAAUGGCACGCAAAGUCUUGUUUUAUUAGAAAAAUUAUUUCCAUACAUCGACCAAACUACAUGUCAAAAAAAAAAUACAAGUUUAUUUGAUCUUUAUUUGACUUUUGAUAAGAUUUGUGCCGGUUCUACAUUCGAUUCAGAACUAGCACACAGCGAUGGUCUUGGAGACAGUGGAUCGGGUAUAAGCUUUUUGCACUCCAAUUCUUAUUUUUUAACUGGUGUACUCAGUACUAUACAUAUAGAAGAAAAUAAUACAGUCGCAGGUUUUACAGGCAUUGAAUACCAUAUAAAAUUUAUUCAUGACAUUUUAAACAAACAUGUAAUAGUGAAUUCAUGCGUUUUACCAACUGCUGAAGGAGUCGUGUAUUCUUAUGAAGGUUCUAAUGAGACUUUACCUAACGGUGCAUUAAUUAAGCAUAAUCGAAUUGUUAUUGAGAAUUGUGCAGUUGGAUAUUAUAAGGCUUAUCCCAAUGGUUUUAGGUUUUGUCAGGGAAGAGGAAAAUGGGUAUCCAAUUCUGAGAAAUUGUGUUUCAAAAUGUGUCCACCUCUACUAUCUGAUAGUUUAGAUAUUAAAUGCACGCUUAAUGGUAAGUAUGCAAACUGUUCAAAUUUAUCAAUACCCAAUACAAUAGCAACGCCAUCAUGUAAGCCAACAUAUAUUGCUCCGAAUGGACAAGAAGAUA